GGAGGCUGAGGAGAGGCCGCCGUCGUCGUCGUCCUCAGGCCUCGGGAUGGGGAAGAAGGGCAAGAAGGCGAAGAAAGGGGCCGAGAAGACCGCCGCCAAGAUGGAGAAGAAGGUCUCCAAGAGAGCCAAGAGAGAGGAGGAAGACCUGGAAGCUCUGAUAGCACAGUUCCAGACAUUAGAUGCUAAAAAGACCCAGAUCAUUGAAACACCGUGUCCUCCACCCUCACCAAGGUUAAACGCCUCUCUGUCUGCCCAUCCUGAGAAAGAUGAAUUAGUCCUUUUCGGAGGUGAAUAUUUCAAUGGCCAAAAAACUUUCCUGUAUAAUGAGCUGUUUAUCUACAACAUCAGGAAGGACACAUGGACUAAAGUGGAUGUCCCCAAUCCACCUCCCAGGCGCUGUGCUCAUCAGGCUGCAGCGGUACCCCAAGGAGGAGGACAACUCUGGAUAUUUGGAGGGGAGUUCGCCUCUCCGGACGGAGAACAAUUCUACCACUACAAGGAUCUCUGGGUCCUGCACUUGGCCACCAAGACCUGGGAACAAAUCAAGGCAACAGGAGGCCCCUCAGGCAGGAGUGGACAUCGGAUGGUGGCCUGGAAAAGACAAUUAAUUAUCUUUGGUGGAUUCCAUGAAAGUACACGAGACUACAUCUACUAUAAUGACGCCUAUGCCUUUAACCUGGACACUUUCACCUGGACCAAGCUUUCUCCCACGGGGCCUGGCCCGACACCAAGAUCUGGCUGCCAAAUGUCUGCCACUCCAGAGGGCAACAUAAUCAUCUAUGGUGGCUACUCUAAACAGAGAGUUAAGAAGGAUGUUGACAGAGGCACUCUGCAUACAGACAUGUUCCUGCUGAAACCGGAGAACACGGAAGGAGGUAAAUGGACAUGGACUCGAAUUAACCCUUCUGGAGUGAAGCCCACUCCGAGGUCUGGCUUCUCUGUGGCCAUGGCCCCCAAUAAUCGGACCCUCCUGUUUGGGGGUGUGUGUGAUGAAGAAGAGGAGGAAAGCAUCGAGGGUGAUUUCUUCAAUGACCUAUACUUGUACGACACAGUCAAGAAUCGCUGGUUUGCAGGGCAGCUAAAGGGACCUAAAUCGGAAAAGAGAAAACGCAGGAGGGGCAAACAUCCGGAACCUGAGGGACUUGAACAGGAGGAGGGUGCCGGGCCCAAUCCCCAGGAACCUUUGGAAGUGAUCAAAGAGGUGAUUGCAGAGGAUGGAACAGUCAUGACUAUUAAACAAGUCAUCUCAACCCCUGGGAUGGAAGCAGAGAGAUCUGAAUCUGAAGAUGAAGCUGGAGGGGAGGCCUGCGGCCCUGUCAUGGAACCCUGUCCCCGCUCUAAUGCUAUGCUGGCCGUGAAACAUGGCCUACUUUAUGUGUACGGGGGCAUGUUUGAAGCCGGAGACCGCCAGUUCACACUCAGUGAUUUCUACUGCAUUGAUCUUCACAAACUGGAAGAAUGGAAAGUGUUGGUGGAGAUGGAUCCAAAAACCCAAGAGUGGCUCGAGGAAUCCGACUCUGAAGAUGGAGAUGAUGGAGAAGGUGCAGAAGGAGGGGAUGAGGACGAGGACACAGAAGAAGAGAGCGAAGAAGAUGAAGAAGAGGAGCAACACCCUUCAGUUGAACCUGAGGAGAAAUUCACAGACUAUCUGCCUAGGACUGAACAGUACUGGGUUAAAUUGGCUCAGAGCAACAUGGGGACCGAUGCAAAGGAGAAGAAGGUGCUGAAAGUGGCCCAUGCCAUGGCAAAGACAUUUUUUGACAGCUCCGUCUAGAGACAGCAGUUGUUCUCCGCUUCGUAGAAUGGGUAUUGAACAGUUGAGAGAUGUCGCUACACUGAAAUUGUGGUUAAUGCAAAUAAAUUCGGCCCAUUGCAGACACCUGCAAGCUCACCCUAAGAUCUCAGGAGGAUCCGUCUUUCUGGUACUAUUCACCAACUUGUGCCAUUCAGAAUUGAGAAAAAGUGUGUGGCAAGUCUGUGGCUGCCAUUAGCUCUUGCUUAUGAAACCAUUGUAGGAAGUAUAUGGAAGCCAAGCAGAAAGUACUUGUUGCAGAAGAUGUUGUAUUUUACUGAUGGUUUAAUGUUCUUCAGUGUUUCCAGCUUUGGUGUAUGAAAACUUGCUGAAGUAGAGAUGGGGUCGGGGCUUCGGAGCUUUUGUAAUAAAGAGCCAUUUGGUUGGCUCAUUUGUUCCUAG